AUGGUUUUAACCCAUGCAGCCGCAUGGUUUAUCCAGUCCGAGGCCAUGUGGCCUCGAUUUUCAGAACAAUAUAGAGAUGGAGCACGGAAGUUUGUAGAACUAGCUUGUGAAACUCUAAAUUCAGAAAUGAUAGGAUGCCCUUGUAUCAAGUGUAGGAAUCUAAAGCAUCACAACUAUGAAAUAGUAUAUGAACAUUUGAUUAUUAAGGGUAUGGAUCCUACGUACACUGAUUGGGUAUUUCAUGGAGAAAAACCAAGUAAAUCAAAUUUGGUCGAUGUAGAAAUGCCUGAGUCAUGUAGGAUGUUUAGGGACUUCUAUACGCAACAUGAUGUAGAUUCUGAAAAUCCUCAUGAUGGAACAGAGGAAGACAUUCAACGUUUAGUUAGCAAUGCGAAAACUCCUUUGUAUCCUAGUUGUAUGGCGUUUACGAAGAUGUCAGCUUCAGUUGCUAUGUUUAAACAUAAAGCUGCACAUGGUUUAUCAGAUAAUGGUUUCAAUGAACUCAUACAUCUUGUGCGGGACAUGUUACCACAAAAUAAUACACUUCCUAACUCAUUUUAUGAGAUGAAAAAACUUGUCAACACAUUUAAUCUUGGCUAUGAGAAGAUACAUGCUUGCUUGAAUGAUUGUUGUCUAUAUAGGAAGGAGCUUGAACAUGUUGAAUUAUGUCCAAAAUGUGGUUGCUCAAGAUGGAAAGUUAACCAACAAACUAAGAAAGUUCAAAAAAAAAUUCCAGCAAAAGUCUUGCGUUAUUUCCCUUUCAUACCAAGACUUAAGAGGAUGUUUGGAAUAGAAGAGAUGGCAAAACAACUUAGAUGGCACUCAAAUAAUAAGAGUUCAGACGGUAAAAUGAGGCAUCCAAUUGAUUCACUGGGAUGGGAAAUGAUAAACAGAAGGUGGCCACAUUUUGCGUUAGAUCCUCAAAAUAUUAGAUUGGGUCUUGCCACCGAUGGAUUCAAUCCUUUCAAAGAUCUUAGCUCUAAAUAUAGUUGUUGGCCAGUUAUUUUAACUAUAUACAACUUGCCUCCGUCAUCAUGCAUGUCGAAGGAAAAUUUGAUUUGCGAAGUCUACAUUUAA